CCACCUACAUCCCGUCUUGAAUACGUAGAUAUGAAACAGAGCGGAUCCGAUCUAAAUAUGAAUAUGACCAGGGCUUCUUAAAUUAUAAAGGAAUAUAGCAAAAUGAGAAGCCUGGUUUAGAAUGAAGGGGAAGGGUACGAUCUGGACUCCACGGUUAGCAUUGCCUUAAAGACAAACUGAAGCAUCGGGGUGUUUCCUACUCUGUAGCAAAAGCACAACAAUGGACUUCCAGACUUCCAUCACUACAUUCUUGUUCAUAGGUAGUGGUAGUUUGUUGACAUUCUAGUCCCACUACAAUGAAAGUCUUGCAAAGAUUGAUUCCCUGUAGUAGGUUCAAAUCAAGUAAAGACUGAAUUCGGGUAACAGACAUACACAUUCAUUCACAGAAUGUAUCCUGUCAAGGCAAGAAGGUGCUUAGUUAAGCACUAUCAAGAAGGUGGUAAACUCAGGAAAGAGUGAAUGUGUAUAUCACAAAUGGCAUCUGCCGAACAGCAACAGACAACAACAAACAAGGCAGGCCAACCAAGACCAUAACCUUCUCUCUGCAACGAGAACCAUACCACCAUCCCCCAUCAAUAUUCCUAACUUAACACACGCUCCAAACAUGGAGAAUUCAUCUUCAACAACAGGAAACUGUGCCCACUGUCAGAGCCCAGCUACCAAAAGAUGCAGCGGAUGCUCUGGAGCCCCGGAAUACGACGACGAGAUCCCAGGGCCCACGCUCUACUGCAGCUCAGCCUGUCAGACACAAGACUGGGUUGAGCACAGGGCCAAAUGCAAGCAGCUCCAGGCCCGCAAAUCUCUUUCAAGAGCUGCCAACCUACUUCAAGCGAUACUGUAUCGAAUCCGCCUGCGCGCUCAUGGAGUCACAUCUGCAACUGCCCAUGUUGACGGAUCCAGGGUGAUCUUGUGCCCUGCUAAAGAAGAACAAGAAGAGGUCUAUCGACCACUGGGGCCGCUAUGUGUUGAUCUUGAGGGCGGUGAUCAACGCGCGUUCGAUGCCAUUGUCAUGGUGAGCUCUUGUACAGAAGCGGUAGUGUAUCUCUUUGUCUUUGUUCGAGAUAUCCUAUCAGGUAGAAUAACCCCACUGGUCUUGUUGGACUACCCGAGAGCUCUGCUGACUGCGCAGGCCUUUGCUCCAAAAUCGAGGAACUCACAAUUGACGUUCGUAGCCCGGAAAUCUCCAUCGAGAGGCCCGACGGUGUUUCCCUGACCACUACCAAAAACCACAAUGUCUACCGUGUCACGCUGAAAAGCGGCGAAAUAUGGAUAAUCGAUCCAUCUGGAGCCCAGUAUGGAUUCGUGGAGUGUCUCUACACAUGGCGCGAUUUCGCAAAGGAGAGGCUGGGUGGGAUUCACAAAGAGGACAAGCUAGGUUAUCAGCGUGUACAGACUAGUCGAGACCAUGCCGAGCACAGCGAGUUUUGUUUGCAGGUUUUUGACAUGGAACUGUUGGAACUUGCUUCAGCGCUCGAUGAGAAGAUUCCUACACUUGCCAAGGUGUGUGGUGGGAACUUGAAAUUGACCCUCCAGGGGUCAGAUGCUGCAUUUCAGAAAGCGAAGAAUGAACUGCUUGAUCAGUUAGGAAGAUGUGUCGAUCUUUGCUUGGAGGAAGUCUUCUCCCCUGAACGGAUUGUAAAGAGAUCAAUGUUAGCUGACCGGCGCAUCGCACGGAAGAUAUGAGUUUCUCAUCUUGGAAGAUAGGUUCUUGCUCGUUGAUGCACCCAAGUGCUA